UCAUUAGCGUCUCUCUCUCUCUCUCUCUUUCUGUCUGAUCAUCGGUAGGUGGAGAAAUGGAGAUGGAGCAAACGGAGAAAGAGGCGAUAAGAGCGGCUUCAGCUGAGGUUUCUCGUGAAUUCAAAACCCUUAUCAAUGCUGACGAUUUGGACUCCCUCAAGCAAUCUCAGCACCUUAUAUUAGGAAGAUUACAGGAUAGCAAUGCAGUACUGUCACAUUUUAAUGAGUAUUCAGAGCACUGCUUUUCAGAGGUUUCUGGAGACUUCUCGAGGAAUACUCGUCUUUUGAGGUCUAUGAAGUCAGAUCUUGAUUACAUAUUUCAGAAACUACGGAGCAUGAAAUCAAGGAUUGUGGCUACCUAUCCAGAUGCAUUUCCAGAUGAUUCAACAGGAGAAGUAGUUGACAGGAGACCAGACCUUGAAAUUCCUCAGUAACAUUAGUCAAUCUGUUCCCAAAUUGCAGCAUGUAUCAUGGUACCUCAUGGGAAACGCAAUGUAGGUGAAGAAUCUUCAACCCCCCCCCCCCCCCCUCCUUUUUGGUUUAUGAAUACAAUGUGAUUUAUUUUUUACUUUAGUCUUUUAAUUAUAUGCUGCUUAGAAGUAAUCCUUAUUUCUGCAUCAGUGUGAUCCAUGGAAAUAGUAAAUGCAUAUAGAAGUCCAUAGGGCAUAAAAGCUUGUAAGCAAUGCUUCUUGAGCAUUUCUCUUUCUAAUUAAGCGAUUCAAGCUCACUAUUUCAUGGAGCUUGAGAGCUUGUGGAGGCAUGAAGCUUAAAAUUACAUCAUUGAAUGAUUAUUGGGAUUGCUUGAUUAUCUUUCAGUGGAAGUACUUUCAAAGAUGAAUGAACUUAUAAAAGAAAGUUACCAUCAGAGAUGAAUGAAAUGGAAACCCAAUCUGUCCAACUCUAUAAUGAAGCUUUUGUUUUUUGGUAAAAGCUUUUGUUCUCAUAUUGUUUUGAAGCUAGAUUCCAUGGCAUAUUUUCUAGAAAAAUGAUAUGCCA